GCCAAUACUUAUCAUGGAGUACCUGUGGCGUGGUGACUUGCUGGGUUACCUCAGGAAAUCCAGGGGGGUUUUCGACCACUACCAUCGUGGGGUCGGAAGGGUCGACCACUUGACAACAUAUGACAUGGUGCUGUUCGCUAAACAGAUCGCAAAUGGUAUGACUUUUCUCGCGUCUAGAGGGAUAAUUCAUCGCGAUCUCGCAGCUCGCAACAUCCUUCUCGAUGAGCAUCGUGUAUGCAAGUUGACUGAUUUUGGGCUCUCUUAUCAGGAUUUCAAAUACGGCAGAGGAAAUGCCAAGAGGGGAUGUAUCCCAAUCAAAUGGAGUGCACCCGAGAUUAUUUAUGGCCAUGUGGAACGGCUGUCAACCAAAAGUGAUGUGUGGUCUUAUGGCAUAGUCUUGUUUGAAAUCUUCACAAUCGGAGGUAUUCCAUACGAAGGAUGGUCUGAAACCACGAUAAUGAGAAAAAUCUAUCAAGGUUACCGUUUGCCAAAGCCUGAACAUAUCGACGACAAUUUGUAA